CUGUUUGACGUUUCCAAUCAAAUGAAAAUUCCAAAAUAAACAAGACAUCAGCGCUCGUUUUCCGUUUUAUUUAUUAUUCCGAGCAAGUAUUUUGGAGUAGAAAAAUUCUUCAUAUUCUUCUAAAGUUCUUUUGUUUAAGAGUGGUUAAAGUCUUUCGUGGCCUUCCCGCCCUCUACAUUUUGUGAGGUUACAUUAUACCUGCUAUUAUGAUCCGUCAAUGUUUUUUUCGAUGUUUAUUGGAUUCGCAUGCGCCUAUUAAACUUCCACAUAAUGUGGAAAUAUUUGUAGGGCGCAGUAAAAUAACCAAAAUCAAAGAUCAGUCGUGUUCUCGCCAUCAAAGUGAGUUUAUAUUUAUAAGUUUAAAGGCUGACUGUGAACAAUGUGAAGUUGAAUUAAAACCUCUGGGAAUUAAUCCAAGUGGGUUGGAUGGAUUUGCACUAAAGCGGCAUGGCCAAUACAAAGUAUCCCACGGUAAUCGAGUUGAGAUAUUGUUAAACAAUCACAUUCACAUUGUCGAGUUUGACCCACCGCCUGAUGAUUACGAGCCACCAAAACAGAUUAAAAGGAAAUUAGAAGACAAUAACCAAGAAACAUCUCCCAGAAAAAGAUGCAAAAUAGAAUCAGAAUUAGAAUCUGAUAUAAAAGAAACCAUGGCAAGUGUAUGGGAAGCGAUUGAUGGUGGAGAAGUAUAUAUUUAUACAGCUAAGGGUCUAAAAUCUAGUAACAAAAUUGCUGCAUUCGAUAUGGACGGUACAUUAAUAAAAACAAAGUCUGGUAAAGUGCAUCCUGUAGAUAUAAAUGACUGGCAGAUUGCAUUCCCUCAGGUAUCAAAAAAGCUUACUGAGAAAUUAAAUGAUGGUUACAAAAUAAUUAUAUUUAGCAAUCAGUCCCCAAUUGGAAAUGGUAGAGUUAAAAUUGAGGAUUUCAAAAAGAAAAUUGAGGGUAUUGUUGAAAAGCUGAAUGUUCCUAUUCAGGUAUACUUAGCUACCGGAAAAGGAUUUUAUAGAAAACCUGCAACAGGCAUGUGGAAACUUCUUGCUGAAAAGAAAAAUGACAAUAUUCCUAUAGACAUUGGUAGUAGCUUUUACUGUGGAGAUGCUGCUGGUAGAAUGGCUAAUUGGGCACCAGGAAGAAAGAAAGACCAUUCUAUGGCUGACAUACUUCUAGCUGAGAACCUUGGCAUCACAUUCUACACACCAGAACAGUUUUUCCUAGGACAUUCUAUUGCUAAUGUGCCAAUGAAUAAACCAGAGUUUAUACCUAAAGAACUCAAACCUGAGCCUUUUAAUGAAGCAUUAAUUAGUACGGAAAAAGAGUUGCUGGUUCUAGUAGGCUUUCCAGGUAGUGGUAAAUCAACCUUAGCUAAACAAAUUGAGAAGAAAUCUGGAAACAGAUAUGUAGCAGUGUGCAGAGAUGUUCUUGGUACUUGGCAAAAAUGUGCAGCAGAAGCAACUAAGCUAUUAAAGCAAGGCAAAAGCGUGAUAGUGGACAGUACCAAUCCUGAUACAGAAUCCCGCGCCCGCUGGACGUCUCUUGCUAAAGAUAUGAACGUGGCGUGUCGUUGCGCCAUCAUGACCACGAGCAAGGCGCAUGCGCAACAUAACAAUAAGUUCCGGGAGAUCAUGAAGAUAAACCACGUACCCAUUUCGGACAUCGUGUUUCAUACAUACAAGAACAAAUUUGUUGAGCCGACAGUGAGAGAGGGAUUCAAAGAAGUAAUUAAAGUGAAAUUUAGCCCUACAUUCGACGAUAAGGAAGCUGAAACCGUUUAUAACAUGUAUUUAUUAGAGAAAUAAUAUAUUUAUCAAAUGAACUUUGAGAUUAUAGUUAUACAAAUAAAAGAUGCGAUAUUUA